UCCGCUCUGUGACUGUUGCUGUUUGGCAGCUAUGACAACAAACUUUGAAAGUCGGGUGAAUGGCUCCUGUGAAGAAGAAGCUCUCCUUCUCUAAACCGCAUCAAAAGUCUCUGAAAUGCACCGUGUACCUGGACAUUCAGGCAGUCACAUGUCCAGGUGUGCUCCUAUCGAAGAAGAGUGAUAUCUACCUCAGUGUGUGCAUCAUGGGCCAGUACAGGAAGACUCCAUGUUUGCCUCCUGUGUUCCCUUUACUCUUCCACCACAAAAUGGUCUUUGUCAAGACUUUCCCCGGCGUCGUUGACCCUGCUGAUGUAGCUGACCUCCUAGAAGCUGACACAACAUCUUUUGAGCUGAUUCAGUUGGUGCCUCCAGAGGGUGAGAUCCUAGCCAAGAUGGAGGAGAGCAGCAGAGAUUUCCUGUACCCUGGUCCCAGACUGAGCUCUAGAGAAGGAGCUGCAGAGAGAGAGAUACUAAUGAAGAGGUCUUCCUUCUUCCCUGGAAUCUCUCCCAAAGUGGAGUUUACCACGACAUCAGUCAUUGAAGAGAGUGAUGGGAGAGACAGCCCAGCCACCUCACCUCCUCAGACCUCCCAUCGUUCUCCAGCGAUGCUGUCCAAACAGAGUUCAGCAAAAAAGUCUUCAUCAUCCAAAUCACCGUGUCAGUUGCCAUCCAGCAUGCAUUUCUCCAGAGCAGAUGAUGGGAACUGUUUUUCUUCAAAAGGUGGGAAGGAACAGCUAAAUGUUGAGGCCACAUUUACAAACUCCACACAGUCAUCUACAUCCAGACGCUGUCCUUCUCCAUCCCCGUCCGGCCACAGUCCCCAAAAAAACAGGACACACAGAAAACACACUGCUCUCAGAGACUCUGGCUACCAGCAGCCCACAGUUUCCUCCAGGACUCGGGCUUUGUCCCCGUACACCCACCGCAAGAUGUGCCAGCUUUCAGAGGACGCCAGGCAGAGGCUCAGCCAUCUCCGGCUUGGGCCUCACCACUUCAGGAAGGAGACGGAGAGCCAGCGUCCCUUCCUGCCUCUGGGAAUAUACAUUGGAUGGACAAGAACAACACAGCAUCCUGUUCUCUGCCCCUCCCUCCACUCUCUCUUCUCCCCACUGUAUUUCUGCCUCUUCAAUUACAUCAAAUCUAAUCCUGAGGUCUCUCGUUGCGGUAGUGUCUCUGGAAUUGGAACGCCUUCCUCCUCUCCACAGGACUGUAGCGCGCAUCGUCGCACUGUCAGCUUCUCACAUGAUCACACUGAUUCUUCUCUCCUGGAGAGUUACAGACCGCGAUCAGCCAGAGUGGAGUCAGGUUCUGUGAGGGUCCAGUCGUCUCCGGGGACAACAUACAGACAUGAAACCCAGACAAGAAGCCCUGUGAGAGCUGCUGCCUCGGCUCAGUCCACCCCGACUGUGUCAAAAUCCAGAAGCCCUCCGAUACUCAAACAUUCCCUCAGAGAAAGGCUCCAGAGCAGUCAGCCCAGUCCAUCCUACAGGGAGCAGAUUCACCGACGAGUCCGGAGGAUUCUGCAGACCCACAGAGCCUCGUUGGACAGCAGCGUGAGCUUUGACCUUUAACGUAUUGAUCUGACCAAAAAGUGACAUAAUCGAGGACUCGUCACUGUUAAGCCAGUCACUCUAAUAAUGCACACUUUGAGUUCAAAGUUAAAAGUAGAUAUUCUUCAAACUGCACUAAACUGUUGCUUUUUACCUGCCGAAUGUUCUAUCUGUAGGAAUCGAUGCACACACACAGACGCUAACACGCCUCCUUAACCGCGACAUUUAUCAUUCAGUGAGUUGAACCAUCUCACACACAUGUAUCUUCAUUUAUCUCCCUUUUUGAUGUUCAUUUAAAUUUCAAACCUUCCCGAGCACCUGCUGAGCAGCGUUUGUCGUCAUUAACGUUUGAAAAGGCAGGGAAAUUUGCAAGGGUUACAUUCAAAAGCAGAGCAGCACCGCUUCCCUCCCACCCAUCAGCUGGGCUGUUUUUAGACACCCUGAUGGUGAAACCAAACGGAGACUAAUUUCUCUAAAGCUGUGUGUGAAAUUGGCUCAGAAUUAAAGAAGCAACAUUGUGUGUGUGUGUGUGUGAGUGUGUGCGCACACGCGUGUGUGGGAAGGAGACGUAGUGGCUGUAAGCUGCAGCUGUUAAGAGCUCAUCUCUCACAACACAAAAGAGAGACAAGAAGGUAGCCAAGAGCCACUGUUGGGAGCCAGCAGCUACAAGAGACUGAAGAGAUUUAAGAGAGAGAAGGAACAAAAGUAAUCCUGAAUCAAAGAGCAGGAGACACAAAGAAAUUUAGCCUUAACAUAAAUUAAGCCAGCCAUUCAGCUUCAUAGUGUUACACUGAAGUAUCAAAACUGUAUGUAGUGUUUCUGUGUACAUGUGCCACUGACUCAGAGGUUAUCUGUUCUUUAUACAUUAUACAUAAUAGUUCAUUCAGCCAUAGUGACUGCAGAUGUAAUGUGUGCGUUGAACUUACAGACCAGGUGGACACUGUGCUUUGAAAGAUACUCAAUGUAUUAAAUGUUUAAAUUUUUUUUUAAUAAGGGAAAAGGUCAUGCAAAGCUUCUGUUUCCUUUGACUUAUCAUUAUCAGCACUGGUACCUCAGCUGAAUCUGCAGGCUCUGAUUAAUUGUCAAACCAAAUGCCUCCUGUAUUUCUGUCUUUGACCCAUACUGUCCAUACGUCCAUCUUAACUGCAGUAACCAUGGAGCUGAAGGUUAAGUGUCCCAUGUCUUUCUCAGCCUGUGUGUCAGACUGUGAUGCUAACUUAAAAGAUGGCGAGCUGAAGUACAAAGUUUUACUUAAAGUUUCUAACAGAAAUUAAUCCAAAUUACCCUGCACUGCAAAAUCUGCCAAAAAAGCGUAUCCGACCGGUGGGCUCUUCACUGAAUUCUUCACUAAGUAGAAUAUAUGUGGUGAUUGAAUUUUCCACUCUACAUGUACUUCACUUCACAGCAGGUAGUAGUUUUAAUCACCUUGCUCACUAUAUCUGCUUUAACAUCUUCAUCACCGAACUACAUUUGAUUCAAAUUAACAGUUUAAUUUGCAGUAGUGAUACAUUUUCAAUCAUGGAUAUGAGCGACUUGAUGGUCAUUCAUAUGAAGUCAUAUCUGGAUGUGCGUCCCCUGCAGUUCUUCCUCUGGCUAUUGUGUUUUCUCUUUGUGCUGAAAUCCUCACAGUCACAGUAUAAUAUUUCAGUCAAAGCUUGACAGCUGCUCAAACAUUUGUUUUUAUUCUAAUUCUCCUUCUGCUCUGUGGUCCUUUCAUAGUCCUCAUAGUGCCUUUGAUAUCAGAAUUACAAAAACAGUCAUUUCGUUUUUCUCAGUUGCUUUGCUAUAUUUCUUAGAUCAGAAUUGAAAUUCUCAAAAGUACUUGUUCAACCUCCACAUCAUCUAGUCACUUGUGCACAUCAUAAAAGCAAUUUCUCAUGCUUUUGAACAAGUUGCAAAUGCUUUGGCACAUUCAUGCAAAUGAUUAAGUACAAUUGUCUGCUGUUUCCUACAUUAUCAAUUGCUUAUGUCAUGUUGAUUAAAGUGUAUUAUACUGGUUCUCUGUUGAAUAGUCUUACCCCCCAAAACAUCUCAGCAUUAAUUCAUUGCAGAAGUCAUCACGUGCAAAAUGAUUGAACCAGUUGUCAAAAUCUGUCAAGCAUAUUUUUUUAUACAUUUCUAUUAGAAAUUUUUUUUGUAAAUGUGUCCUGAAUUGAUGAAUUAAUCAAAUGUGAAUAAUGACUUUCAGUAAUGAAGGGAAAUGUGUGAAGUAUUAAAUCAACCAAUGAUCAACCAGUUCUCUAAAAUAGCUCAGAGGUGCAUCUGUUUGCUACAGAGCACAACACAGUGUUACAAUUUCUGACAAUGGAAGAACAAGGAAAUGAACUGAGUCAACAGGUGGGAAGAAGAGGAGUAGAGAAGGCUGUGUAGAGAAGAGUUGGGAGGCAAAACAGAGGAAGAGGUCAAAGACACAGGCAUGUUCCCCAUUAAAUAAGGGCCACAAUUGUGGACCAUGUUCUCAAUCAGGGCCUUACGGUGACUGAGGCUGGUUGAAAGGUGCUGCCAAAUGUUGGGAGAACAAUUGUGUGUAUGUCAUCCACCAAUAUGCACUGUACUGUAAUACUGUAUGCUAAGUGAACACAAACACACAUGUAUACGUGUAUUUUUCCCACAUAGGACUGCAGGUCUACCUCACAGAGGACACUGUUAUAUUGCCAACAUGAUUAAGCAUUUUGACUAUCUUGUGUGUAAACAAUGACACAAGGACUUGUCAUUCUGAUGGCACUGACAGGUUCAUUGACAAAUAUUUUAUUUUUGAGACAUAAACUAAGGAUUUUGUGAAUGUUACAGGCUUUUGCAGGUAAUCCAUUGUGUGGUGCUGUUUGUACAGAUUGUUUCAAGAAAUGCAAUUCGAGAAAUGUACCAAAGCGACUGAGAAAAUUUUUAAAAAGAAACUAUAUUUAUUUGAACUGUCAUCUCUUAAUUUGAGUGGCUACUACAUAAAAAUCUCACACGAUUUGGUUUGGUCACAAACUAUGACAAAAGAUUUCACUCUGUUCAGCCUCACUAAGUCUAUUUGUCCAAAAGUCUUUGCAGGAAAAUCAGUAUUUCUGGUUGUGAUGGAAACACUGUUGCCAGUCAAAAGAAAAUAUUUUAAUGUUCAUUUGAUUACAUGUAUUGUGUUUUUGUAUUUUUUGAAUGAUGAUGAUUACUGUGCAGAAAAAUGGAAGAUAAAGGUCCAUUUGAUUAAAAAAAUGUUUCAGUUUCAA